AUGGUAGUCGAAGCUUUCGAAGUCUGCGCCGUGCCCUUCAAUUCCGAUGGCUGGGGUCCUCCUGACGCCUCCGACGUUUCUUCCUCCGCCUCCUCCACCAGCGUCGCCGCCGCAAACCUUCUCCCGCACGUUCCUUUCGCCUCCUUCUCCCGCUCGGAGAAGCUCGGCCGUGUAGCCGAUUGGACUCGCAAUCUCUCUAACCCAUCCAAUCGCCCUCACACCGGAUCCAAAUCCGAUCCUUCCGCCGUAUUCGAUUACUCCUCCUUCGCAAUCGACGAAGGAUUCGGCCUCACUUCUUCCGGUAAUAAUCCCGACGAUGACGCAGCUUUCCGUCUCGUCGACGGCAAGCCUCCGCCGCGUCCGAAAUUCGGACCUAAAUGGCGAUUCAAUCCUCACCGCAAUUGGAAUCAGCUCCCCCAGCGGCGAGACGAGGAAGUCGAAGCGAAGAAGCGCGACGCGGAGAAGGACCGAGCUCGCCGCGAUCGUCUCUACAAUCUCAACAACAGAAACAACGUCCAGUACCAGCGCCGUGAAGCCGCCGCUUACAAAUCGUCCGUCGAUAUCCAGCCGGAGUGGAACAUGCUCGAGCAGAUCCCUUUCUCGUCCUUCUCCAAGCUCUCCUUCUCCGUUCAAGAGCCAGAGGAUCUCCUCCUCUGCGGCGGCCUAGAGUACUACAACCGCGUUUACGACCGCAUAACGCCCAAAAACGAACGCAGGCUCGAGCGUUUCAAGAACAAGAACUUCUUCAAAGUCACCACCAGUGACGAUCCCGUCAUCAGACGUCUCGCUAAGGAAGACAAAGCCACAGUCUUCGCCACCGACGCCAUCUUAGCAGCUCUCAUGUGCGCUCCAAGAUCCGUUUACUCUUGGGAUAUCGUGAUCCAUCGUGUUGGCAGCAAACUGUUCUUUGACAAGAGAGAUGGAUCACAGCUUGAUUUGUUAUCUGUUCACGAGACGUCUCAAGAGCCAUUGCCUGAGGCCAAAGAGGAUAUCAAUUCGGCUUAUGCUUUAGGUGUGGAAGCUGCGUUUAUCAACCAGAACUUCUCGCAGCAGGUUUUGGUGAGAGAUGGGAAGAAAGAAACGUUUGAUGAGGCGAAUCCAUUCGCUAACGAAGGUGAUGAGAUUGCUUCUGUUGCGUAUAGGUAUAGAAGAUGGAAGCUUGAUGAUGAUAUGCAUCUUGUAGCGAGAUGUGAGUUGCAGAGCGUUGUUGAUCUCAACAACCAGAGAUCGUUUUUGACUCUGAAUGCUCUUAACGAGUUUGAUCCAAAGUACUCUGGUGUUGACUGGAGGCAGAAGCUCGAGACGCAGAGAGGUGCGGUUUUGGCUAAUGAGUUGAAGAACAAUGGGAACAAGCUGGCGAAAUGGACUGCUCAGGCUAUGUUGGCUAAUGCUGAUAUGAUGAAGAUUGGUUUCGUCUCUAGAGUCCAUCCUCGUGAUCAUUUCAACCAUGUGAUGCUAUCUGUUUUGGGGUAUAAGCCGAAGGAUUUCGCUGGACAGAUCAAUCUCAACACUUUGAACAUGUGGGGGAUUGUGAAGUCUAUUGUUGAUUUGUGUAUGAAGCUCAAAGAAGGGAAGUAUGUUUUGGUGAAGGAUCCGUCGAAGCCUCAAGUGAGGAUCUACGAGGUUCCUUCUGAUGCGUUUGAGAAUGAUUAUGUUGAAGAGCCUUUGCCUGAAGAUGAACAAGUGAAACCACAUGAAGAGAACGCAGAGGGUGCAGAAGCAAGUGUGGCUAAUGAAACAGAGGAUGAGAAAGCUGAUGAAGCUCAAGCUUGA